GGCGUCAAAGGCCCAUCAUAACAGCCUGUUGCUGAACGUAUCCUGAUUAGACCCAAUCAAUCCUUGAUAACAAAAAACAUAAUGUCUGGAACACUAACUCUCUGCGUCUACGACUACUGGAAACGGCGCCACUACUACAAGCGCCCACCCCUGGCCCUGGAUGCGGCCUCCACCACAAAUGAAGAUUCGGUGGCGUCGGCGGUGGCGUUGGCGACCCCCGCGAACCAGGAAAAAAAGUCAGUGCGUCGCCUGCGGCUGCAGGUGGAUGCCAUAAAUGGCAACUAUUAUCUGCGAGAGUUUCUGCAGCAGCGGGUUCUGGCACUGCGGCUGCAGAACCAUCAUGGAGUGCAAUUGAUUUGGUUGGAAUUUGAGCCACCCGAGCGGGACACCAUCGACUACAAGUUCGCCGACAUACUGGCCCACACCAUCUGGGAGCACAUCGAGGUGGAGAAUCUAAUGUCCUGGCUAUCCACACUCGGCGGUGGCUUCUCAGCCCUGGGCGAGCAAUUCGGGCGAUGCGCGGAAACGGCUGGCAAGAUCUCACUGCAGCAGCUGAAGAUUGGCUUGCGGCUGGGCGAUCCGUUUCUACAGGCUCGCUGCAAGCUCUACUACAGUAUUUCGCUGAUCCAGCGCGGCCAUCUGCGUGCGGCCAAACACCUGAUCCGGGAUCAGUAUCAAUUUGCGCGUGUCCAUCGGGAGAAGGAUCUGCGGCUGGUGCGCAUGUGCCAGGGCAUUUGGCUGCGCCUGCGAUACGAGUACGAGCAGCGGAACCAGCGGCUCAAGCAGCCCCCAUCACCAUCGACAGCAGCAACAGAAAGUCAAUAGAUCCGCUAAGCAAAACCCAAACAAAAACUAAACACAACACAAACAAAAAAAUACUCUAUUCUACUAUAAUCGCAAUAAGCGGCGUUACUACCAUUUACCGGCAGGAAGGAGCAUGAGUUACAAUUCCAAGUUUUUAGGCAAAAUUUAAAAUGUAUAUUUAAUAGUUCUUUAUUAUUAAUAUUAUUGUUAUUAUUAUUUAAUGUGUAAUUGUAUAUACGUAAAAAAAUGCAUUUACAUCAUUCACUUUCUUAUUUAGUUUGAGUUUUUUUUGUUUGUAUAAUUUGUAGCCGGGCAAAUAGUCGUAAAAAAAAAACAAAGUCGAAAUUAAUUUGAUGUACGACACACGAUACAGGACAUUUUUGUUGUUGUUUGUUUUUACUUAGGCUAGACACAAAUUAUGUUUAAAUUAAAAAUUGAACGCCACCCCAAAAGGGGCGAUGCAUAAGUGUA